AUGUCCAAGGUGGAGGCCCGCCGGCGUGCUUCGGCGCGAAGCCGUACUAGAUCUGCAUUAUCGGCGACGGAGGCGUUAGAAGUAGCGGCGGCAGUGGGUGGUGGCCGUAGUCUGCGGCCACGCCGAGCCGGGAGUCAGGGGGGUGGUGCUGUGGGAGCCGCUGUUGGUGUUGCAAUCGGCCGCGGUGCGACAUCAAAUCUGGGCCCAGCAAGCCCACUAAGACGAAGCGCUCGCAGCGGGGAUUCAGCAGCAGGGGCAGCCCGGAACAGUGGUGGUCCACGUCGUUCGUUCAACGGCCGUAGAGGUGAUAACAACAACACCAGCAACGGCACCACUCCAAAUCACAAUAUUCGCCCGCGUAGGUCGUCCAUCAACUAUCGUGAAGACUCUUCCGACGAUAGCGACAGUGCCUCUACUACGUCUGAUGAAAGCGACAGCGAAGAAGAAGAAGAAGAGCAUGACGGAGAACGAGAUGCACGGCAACCCGCGCGCAGGUCCGCCAUAUCAUCAACAUGGGGGCGUCCAUCUCGGACCGAGCUCAACAAUAACACACGAGCAGUCACCUCCGGUCGCCAAGCGCUAGGAAAACGGCGCCGUCCCCGGUCCGGCUUCUUCCAUGAAGACACCGACGGAGAAGAUGAUGACAUCGUCAACACCGACCAGGAAAGUCCCCCCACUCCUCGCAGGGGCAGAGCAACGGCCACAUCCGUAGCCAGAGCCAGGGAAUCGUCAGUUCCACGUACCCCAGAGCGAAAGAGAAGAAGAGGCACGCCGGCGACUGCCACUAAGAGACGCACGCCCGCUUCGUCCAGGAAAUCUAAAUUGGACCUUGUCCACUCUGGCGGUGCCGAAGAAGACACUGCCGAAAAGGAACCCAAAGUCAUCCCCCCCUGGCAACAUCUUCCCUAUGAGCUCUGGCUCUUGAUUUUCAAGUUUGCAUCCGCUGAGCGUGAUCGAGAUGCUGUCAACAUUCUCUUAUAUGCGAGCCGUCUUUGCAGGGAACUUGCGGAACCAGCCCUGACGGCCUUGUAUUACUCCCCCCCCUUGCUUACGCGGAAAAUGGCACAUGGACUCGUGGCGCUCUUGUCCUCGGAUCCCUCACAGAUGAAGUACCGCUACAGGUGGAAAGUAAAAAAGUUGCGGAUCGAUGUUGAGGAGAUUGCUUCCAAGACUUACAAAGGGCUACACCUCGACUGGGAAGCCCUCUUCGCCAAUGUCCCACAGCUCAUGUCUAUCGACUUCUUCCAUGCAAAGGACGAUGCCCCAUUCCGAUCUCUUGAAGCGAGCCUGAGAUGGAAAUAUCCCACCGCUUUGUGGAACUUCCUCAACGGCGGCGACCCUCCAGGAACCAAGCACAAGCCGCUCGAACUUGAGGCCUGGAGAUGGAACGGAAGGUUAAUGACCCCCGACAUGACUUUGCAAAGUCCUGCCAUCAUUCACCAAACUCCGGCUUUUUCAAAGCUCAAGAAACUUUGCCUUCAGAACUUCCAGGUUCCUUCGAUGCCCCUGCAUAACUGGCCAGCGGUUGUCCAAGAAGAUGAAGGGUUCGAAAACUUCUUGAUCAGCGAGUUUGCCCAUGCCAUUAACGUUCUUCCCCAACUGGAGUAUCUGUCUAUUGAAUCCUCCACCAUUGCAAACGACUACUUGCUCCGUCUUCUUCCCAAAACCUUGAAGACGUUGGAGCUCGUCAACUGCUGGGAAAUCACUGCCGAUGAUUUUUCGGAAUACCUUCUGACCCGUGCCUACCAUCUUGAACAUCUCUAUCUAAAGCAUAACCAGUCCCUCAGUUUGAGUUUCCUCACUGUCCUGGGUACUGCCUGUCCACACUUGCAAACGCUGAGCGUAGAUCUGAAAACAUACAACCACCAUGAAUUCUACAACGACUCAGACCCUAGCUAUGACGAGGUUCUCAGCGUCCAAGAAGUCCCCGAGUGGCCAGUGAGUCUGCGCACCCUCGAGCUUCAGAACAUGCGCAAAUGGUCCGCCGACGCAGCCGAGAACCUCUUCCAGUCCCUGAUCAAAGCCGCUCCCGAUCUUCCCGGCUUACGCAUCAUUGAUAUCAACGCCAAACUCAACAUUCCCAUCCGCCAGCGUUCCGAAAUGCGCGAUAGAUGGGAAGCCCGUCUCAAGGGCGUCUUUCUCCGCAAAUGGGAAGACCCCAAGCCACCCUUCACAUUACGCCCCCCCAACAAGCAACAGAUAAUACCCACCUUCUCAACGAGCAAACUACCCCCUUCUGCUACCAAACGGUCCCGCACCGAUAACUGGGUAGCCCAAUCCAUCGAAGCCCAACAAGGAUCGUCGUCCUCACUCUCUACCCGCCGAAGCGCCCGCAUCGCAGCUUUAUCCUCUGGCUCCUCAUCAUCCAACGGCGGCACACCCUCGCCCUCGCGCGGCCACAGCGCCCAACGCGGCGAACGCGAAGUAUCCGUGGCUUCCUCGCUAUCAUUAUCAGCCGAGGCAUUAUCUCUUUCACCUAGGGAAGCCAACGUAGCGGGCGAGAUUCUCUACAGACAUGGCUGGUGCGAGAAGGUGGAGCUGCAGUUGGACAACCAGAAGUUGACGGAGCAGACGUUGACCAUGGAGGAUUUUGUGGACGGCAGCGGCGAUGAUGAUGAGGAGGAUUCCGAGUGGGAUGGGAUGGACAGGGAUGACGAUUAUGGUGGUGGGGGGUAUGCUUGGUGA